CAGAGCGGAAGGAGAAGUUAAGGACUGAGCUGCUCUGCCGAAUGGGGUUUGAGGCAAAACCCACAGAAGACUUAAUGCCUGUUCAUUUCGUUGCAUAAAGUCAUUCUGGCUUUUUCUCCUGUCCCCUUCCUGCAGCUCGCCUCUUUUUUAUUUAUCUCUUAUGUUCCAUUCUGGUAGAGACCCUGAUCCAACUCUGAAGAACUGAAGGGCAAAAGGGAUGCUUUUUCUAUCUCUGACAUAUUCAAGGAAAGAAGACUUUGCCUGCCAUGUUUGGAACUGGGAAAUCAUUUGGGGUUCUCUUCCUAAUCCUACAUCUGAGCAUCUGUAGCAUCGAUGGAGAAGAGUCAUGUGAAAUUCAACUUUAUGUUAAGAGACAUUUAAUACAUGUCACUGCAGGACAUCAGUUUAGAAUGGAAUGCCCUGUGAAAUACUGUGUUAGCAGACCUAAUGUGAGUUGGUGCAAGUUCAGUGGCAGUGACUGUUUACCCUUUGGGAGUAAAGUUUCGUCACACACAAGUUGGGAAGAAAAGAAGAAUAUUUCCAUUUUCAGCCUUCAUUUUCACUCAGUGCUUCCUACAGACAAUGGGUCAUACCGUUGUUAUGUGAAUUUUUCUUCUCAGUUGAUUACAAGCCACUCAAUAGUCAUAAAUGUUACAGAGCAGUCUCAAAAUAAUUCAGAACGACCUCUAAUUACAUUGACUAACAUUGCAGAUAUAACCAAUACUUCCGGACCCCCCUCCAUAGAAGAGAUGGCACACAGGGGAUGGCUGCUUCACAGUUUGCUUCCUGUGGGGGCACUGCCACUACUCAUCAUUGCCUGUCUCUGCCUGAUCUGUGGCCUGAAAAGGAACCAAGGGAAACAGAAGAAGACUUCAGAUUCAACAGGCAGGGAAAUUGACCUGGCUGAUGUUCCCCAGCCCCUUAGCAUCGAGCAAACUGAAAUGAGCACCAGGCAAAAUUCCAAAACACUGCCAUCAGAAAGUGCAAUUUAUAAUAAUGAUCCCUUGUUCAGGCUUUCAGAAGAGCUUGAAGCUAAUACUAACCGAGGACUGGAGGAAAACAAACACUGCAUUGUUUAUGCUUCCCUGAACCAUUCCAUCAUUGGAAGGAACACAAGACAGACACGAGAUGUGCAAGAAGCACCAACAGAAUACGCAUCCAUAUGCGUGAGGAAUUAACUCUGGUCCUGAUACCCAUCAGUGAUCGCUGACUGCCCAGCAAAUCGUCGUCAUUGUCUGACCUCAGCAAGAUGUCAACAGUCCUUAAUGUGUGGACUCCGGUGGUUCAUGGUGGUGGCUUGGGGCUUCUGUGUUCAUAUGGAGUAAAAUCUCUCCUGAAAAUUUCGUUGGGAGACAUUUAACAAGAAAUCUUCUCUCUGGAACUGUUUCAUAGCAUGACUAGAAGAGGAACAUUAACAUUUAAACUUAAUCAAAUUUUUACUGAACAUGAACACUUAUUAUUCGCUUUGGUUUUUAUCUCAGACUUAUAGCAAAGAGGGGUUUGUGCUAUCUAGAACACUCACUACAAAAAAGUCUCAAUUUGACUAAUUGUAAUACAGAAAUGAUUGUUAUUUUAUAAUAAGAAACUCCCCAUCAGUCUU